CCGAGCUCCACAGACCUGGUUCACUUCCUCUUCACUCCGCUCAGGAUGGUGAUCCAGGCGUCGGGCAGCGUGGACCUGGCUCGCAGCGUCGUGGUUCCUCUGCUCACCAGAGACGCCAUCGACUUCCUUCACGCCUCAGGAACGGCGGAGGAGAGACACCUUUGGGUCGCCCUGGGAGACGGCUGGACCAAAUGCAGGCUGGAGUGGCCGAAGGAUCACUACUUCCCGCCCUGCGUGCUGAGGUUUCGUGAUGGCUGGGAGCCUGCGGCGUUACCGGUGGUGACUCUGAGUCCAGAGGCGGAGCUGACUCAGCUCGCAGAGAUCCAGAGACAGGAGGAGCUGAAGAUGAGGCUGGCUCAGGAGCAGACGGCGCUGCAGACGUUCCCUCCGACAGAUGGGUACGCCUUCUCCAACACGUCCUACAAACGCACGCAGAUUCUGGAUCAGGACGCGGCCGUGGCUGCGUUUAAACACGCCGUCAGCCGCCAUGUUGACCGAAGUUUCGAUGCCGACACCAGAAAUCAACCAAAUAUUUUUGCCAAAUCUAAAUUUGACUUUGUGGCGAGAAACAACACAGAACUUUCUGUCCUCAAAGACGAGGUCGUCGAGGUUCUGGACGACAGGAAGCAGUGGUGGAAGGUUCGUAACGGCGGGGGGGCGUCCGGCUAUGUGCCAAACAACAUCCUGGAAAUCACAAAAGCCGUGGACGUGACGGGCCGAGCAGAACCCAUCUACAGCCACACCAUCCAGCAAUUAUUGGGCGAGUUGAACGAGAAACAGACCACGAGGACGGACUUGAUACCCGGUAAAGCCGCCGCCACUCCGAUGCCCCCGGCCCCCACUCCGAUGCCCCCGGCCCCCACUCCGAUGCCCCCGGCCCCCACGUCGCCGCCCCUGGCCCCCACCAGGCUCCCCACGCCGCCGCUGCCCCCUCCGGUGGCCGAGCCCGCCAAACUAUCUGCCGGCAGCA